AAUCAAUGGGUGUCGAAAAAUUUGACUCAUUGCAAAAAAAAAUGGUGGGACUGGGUUUAGGUAACGAGAAUGGUGAUGGGUAUGAGAACGAGCAUGAGCAUGAGCAUGCAUAUGCGUAUGAGUCGCAGAGGGUUGACGGCGGUUCGAGCCUACGGUACGUUGACGAACAAAUCAUGCGAUCGCACCAAUAGUGUUAUAUGGCGGUGCGAUGAUAGUGAUAGUGAUAGUGUUGGUAGUGGUAGUGGAGUACUAAGUGGUACUAGCUUUAUAGUUAAGGAUAAUAUUGCUACUAAAGUUGGAUAUACUACCGCUGCAUCUAAGAGCUUACAUGAUUACCAAAGUCCAUUUGAUGCUACUGUAGUACGACUACUAAGGCAUCAAGGUCUGAAAUUGGUUGGUAAAGCUAAUUUGGAUGAGUUUGGUAUGGGAUCUUCUACUACCAAUUCAAUGUUUGGACCUACUAUUAAUCCAAAGUAUGAUAAUGAAGAUCGUAUAGCAGGAGGAUCAUCAGGAGGUUCAGCAGCAGCAGUAGCUGCUGAUAUGGCAAGUUUUAGUUUAGGAACUGAUACUGGAGGUUCAGUUCGAUUACCUGCUAGUUAUUGUGGAGUAGUAGGAUUUAAACCAACUUAUGGUAGAAUCUCUCGUUGGGGGGUUAUACCUUAUGCACAAACUCUUGAUACAGUAGGGAUAUUGUCUAAGGAUGUUGAUAUUGUUGAAAAAGUGUAUGAAGUAUUGAAUCAGUAUGAUGAGAAAGAUCCUACUUGUAUGACUACCAAGGUUCGUAAUAAUAUUGUCAGUACUGCCAAGGGUCAAUUGACUAUAGGUAUACCUGAACAAUUCAUUAUUGAAGAAUUAGAUCAAGAUACUAAGAUAGCAUGGGAAUUGACAUUACAUAAGUUAGUACAGUUAGGUCAUAGUUUAAAAGUUGUAUCUAUACCUUCUAUUAAGAAACUGUUACUGACAUAUUAUACAUUAGCUACUGCCGAAGCAGCAUCAAACUUAUCAAGAUAUGAUGGUAUCAGAUAUGGAUAUAAAUCAGAUAAUAAUAAUGAAGAUGAUACUAUUGUAUCCAGUAGAUGUGAAUCGUUUGGUCAAGAAGUUCAAAGAAGAAUAAUCUUGGGUAACUAUACUCUUUCAUCUGAAUCGGGUGAUCAUUACUUAAAGGCUGCACAAGUUCGUCAAGAGCUCGUACAAGAAUUUAAUCAAGUAUUUAAAUUACCUCAUCCAUUGUUAGAGAAUGAAUUAAAAUUAAAUAAUUGUGAUGUAUUAGUGAGUCCUACUGCUUUAAGUAAACCUCCUACAUUAAAAGAAUAUGAUGAAAAGAAUGAAGAAAACUUUUUAAAUAGUUAUUUAAAUGAUAUACUCACAGUUCCUGCUUCAUUAGCAGGUUUACCUACAAUUUCUAUACCUAUUAAUGGGACUGGCAUACAAUUUAUGACUCAAUAUGGUGAUGAUUCUAUUUUGUUUUCUAUCGCUAGAGAUGUAUUACAUAGUUAACAUAGCUAACAUAGCCCA